CCAAGACCUCUACAAACUCCUGAACUGACGAUGGAGACCCGAGUGAUAUACUCCGCCAUUGUUGUGGUGACUGUGGCGGUGUGCUACUACAAGGCACUGGGAUGUGGCUUCGUUUUCGAUGACGUGUCGGCCAUUGUGGAGAAUAAGGACCUCAGACCAAGGACUCCAAUAGCAAACCUAUUCUGGAAUGACUUCUGGGGGACGCCUAUGAGAAUGGAGAAGAGUCACAAGUCGUACAGACCUCUGUGUGUUCUAACGUUCCGGAUGAACUACGCAGUCAGUGAACUGGAACCAAUGUCUUACCAUCUAGUCAAUGUUGUCCUCCAUGCCAUUGUGUGUUUGUUGUUUAUGAAAGUAUGUAACAUGUUUUUGAGAGAGUUGACCAGUUUUAUAGCAGCACUGUUGUUUGCCGUUCAUCCCAUCCACACUGAAGCAGUUACUGGAGUGGUUGGGCGAGCUGAGGCAUUGUCUUCCAUAUUCUUUUUGGCAGCAUUAAUCACAUAUUCCAACUGUACCUCAUAUCAUGGCAAAAUUAAAUGGCCUCCCUUGAUAGGAACUGUGGUACUGGUUACCAUAGCGAUGCUUUGUAAAGAACAAGGAAUCACGGUUAUUGGAGUGUGUUGUGUUUAUGAAAUAUUUGUGGCUCAAAGAGCAUCAUUCCAAGAGCUGUUAGCCAUUCUGGGAAGUUUUAUUAGAGGGAAGCCACAUAUUCCUUCCUGGUUGAAGAACUCCAUUGUACGUGCCAUAUUUUUAGUUGGGACGACUGUCUUCUUACUGUUGGCCAGAAUUAAAGUUAUGGGGGCUCAGCUUCCUGUGUUCACCAGAUAUGAUAACCCAGCUUCCAUGGAGAACACUCCAAUAAGACAGUUGACUUAUAAUUAUCUGCUGCCAAUCAAUGCUUGGCUCCUCCUCUUCCCCUCAGGACUGUGUUGUGAUUGGACGAUGGGAACAAUCCCAGUGAUCAGUUCUAUACUGGACCCCAGGAAUAUUAUAACUCUGGGAUUUUAUGCUGUGUUAGGGAAAUUUAUAUUUUUUAUGCUUCAGGGACAAGAUAAGAGAAACAGAGCCAUUAUCAUGAGUUUUUCCCUGAUGAUCCUCCCAUUUAUCCCCGCUUCUAACCUGUUUUUCCCCGUGGGGUUUGUGGUAGCUGAGAGGAUCCUGUACACCCCCAGUAUGGGCUUCACGAUGUUAGUGGCUCUAGGGUUCCAGAUUCUAAUGGACAACAAACAGAAUCUAAAGCCAUUACUGUGGGCUAUGUUGGGGAUGCUUCUUUUGACUCACAGUCUGAAAACCUUUGUACGGAACGGAGAAUGGGAAUCUGAAUACAGCAUUUUUAGAUCAGCAUUAAAAGUCAAUACCAAAAAUGCCAAACUAUUUAACAAUGUGGGUCAUGCAUUAGAGAAGUAUGAGAAAUAUUCUGAAGCUCUGGAGUACUUCGAGAAGGCUGUCAGUGUUCAACAUGACGACAUUGGAGCCCACAUAAAUGUAGGGAGAACAUACAACAACAUGAACAUGUCAAAGAAAGCCGAGGCUGCCUACAAGAAAGCUCUCAGUUACUUCCCUCAAGUACAGCCCGGCAAAAGUUACCAGGCUCGUAUUGCUCCGAAUCACCUGAACGUUUAUCUCAACCUGGCAUCCCUUGUCAGCAAAGAUCCCACCAGGCUGUUGGAGGCGGAUAAGUACCUGAAGACGGCAGUUAGUAUGAGACCAGAUUACAUUCAGGGAUACAUAAACAGAGGGGACAUUCUGGUUAAACUGGGACAAAAAGAAGAAGCAUUAGAAGUUUAUAAGGUGGCCCUGAAAUAUGAACCUGACAAUGCAGAUGUUCACUACAAUAUAGGAGUGGUUUUACUGGAGCUGGGACGACCAGAAGAGGCCAGAAAGAGUUUUGAAACGGCUCUUAUUCAUGAACCAGAUCAUGAGCAAUCGCUCUACAACUCUGCGAUAAUGAUUCAAGAGUCUGGGGAACAGAGACAGUGGCCAGAGGCCAUUAGAAGACUUUCAAAACUAGUAAAGAAGGAUCCUAAAGAACCCAAGUACUAUUUUACCCUGGGAAUGAUCCAUAUGGACAUGAAAGAUUACCUGGAGGCCGAGAAGGACUUCAAAAACUGCAUCAAGUUUGACCCAUUCUUCAGGAGUGCCUUAUUUAACCUGGCCCUGAUGUUAAACAACAACUUAAACCGCCCUCUAGAUGCUAUUCCAUACCUGGAAACUCUCAUUGAGGUAAGUACAUUCAUUCAUUACCCAGAACAUACCAAAGCCUUACUACUGAUGGGAGACAUUAAUGUGAAUGCCCUCAAAAAGCUUGACGAGGCUGAAAAGAACUUUGCCCGCGUGGUACAGCUGGAACCAAAAAAUGUCCAGGCCCACCACAAUCUGUGUGUGGUGCACGUGGAGCGCGGCGACCUGAUCCGUGCAGAGAAAUGUCUGACAGCGGUCCACAAUAUGGCGCCCACGGAACAGUACAUAAUUAAUCACCUCAACAUUGUCAGGACCAAAUUAAAUGAACUGAUUAAAAAAAGACAAGAGGAAAUGAAGAAUCAAAAACAAAGUCAACCUUCAAAAAAUAAACCUUAGUAUGUAUACAGUCCCUUAGGAAGAUGAAUGGUUUCUUUGUUUAGGUGGGGUUUUUUUGUAUUUUGUUAUUGACUCACAUGCAUGGCAGAAGUAAAUUGUAUUUUAGAAAUCUGAGUUCUAUUGAUGUGAAAAUUUUCAGAGUGCUUAGUUUAUAAUUCAAAGAAGACCAUGUACAGUAUUAGAUAUAUUGUUUGUGAAGAUUGCAUCAAUUUAUUUUAUGCAGGUGCACAGUAACGUGACUUAAUU